AUGGGCCACUCACAACCACCACAACACUACCAUCCGCACAUCAUGACCCAGUCAGCCAAUCAAGACGACCCCUUCGACAGCCUUCUGACCCUAGAAGACUCUCUCUACACCACGGCCUACUCCCAAGGCGUAGCCGAUGGCGCACGAGCAGGCCGGAUCGAGGGCCGAGUCUUCGGUCUCGAAAAGGGCUUCGAGAAAUUCGCCGCCCUGGGCGAACUGCAUGGGCGAAGUGUCGUCUGGGCAGGAAGAUUGCCCCAGCUGCGAGCACACAAGCAGCACCUAGACGACGAAGAAAAGGAGACAAAGACAACGGCAGUCGAGGAUCAGAAGAAGCUACUACCUCUAUUGCCAAACAACGCCCGCCUCCAAAACAACAUCACGCUCCUGCACUCGCUCACUGAUACGGAAACCUUCAGCACCGACAACACUGAAGAGGCUGUCGCCGACUUUGACGACAGGUUCAAGCGGGCAGGGGCCAAGGCUAAAGUCGUUGAGCGCAUCGUUGGCGAAAGCGACCAUGCCUCCACUCCCAAAUCACCAAAUGGCUCACCGGCAAGGGGGAAGGGUGGUCCGGUCAGGGUCGUUGGAGAGGGGAGGAAGAGGGGAGGGAAGGGUGAUGAUAGUAUGGAGGACUUUGCUGGAUCGCGGUUGGUGCGCUGA